AUGAAGUUGUCCAACACCCAGGCCCUGGCUCUUGUCAGUGCUCUCAUCACCAGUGCUGAGGCCUUCUGGCGCAUGGAGUGCCCUGGCCGCGUUGGCCUUACCCGUGUCGACCCUCUCAUGUCCUUUGGAGUGGCCGCUCCUCACGUUCACGCUAUUCACGGUUCUGGCGGCAUCUCUCCUACCGCCGACUUUGGCGACCUUACCGCCAGCGACUGCACCUCCUGCCGUGUCAAGCAGGACAAGUCGGCCUACUGGCACCCUGCCCUGUACUUCCAGGACUCUGCCACUGGAGAGUUCGAGCUUGUUGAUCAGGUUGGCGGAAUGCUUGCGUACUACCUUCUUAAUGGAAAGGAUAUCAAGGCAUUCCCCCCCGGCUUCCGCAUGAUUGCUGGCGACACCUAUCGCCGCAACUACACUGCUGGAGACCCUUCCAAGCCCGACCCCCAGAAGUCCGAGUGGGCUAUUCUUGGUCAGACCGACCAGUCUGUCCUUCGUCAGCGUGCCAUUGGCUUCAACUGCCUCAAUUACGCCCGUGCCCCCGAGGGCACCCUCUACCGCCACUUCCUUCCCGACAAGGCUUAUCUCGAUGCCAACUGCGCUAAUGGCGUUCGGUUUGAGAUGAUGUUCCCUUCGUGCUGGAACGGAAAGGACGUCGACUCCACUGAUCACAAGUCUCACAUGGCUUACCCCGACCUCGUCAUUGAUGGUACCUGCCCCGAUGGAUUCGAGACCUCGACUCCCAACCUUCUGUACGAGAUCAUCUGGAACACCUAUGCCUUCAAGGACCGCUCUGGCCGCUUCGUCGUUGCCAACGGUGACACCCAGGGAUAUGGAUACCACGCCGACUUCAUUUCCGGUUGGGAUGAGGACUUCCUUCAGUCAGCCGUCGACACCUGCACCAACCUUUCCGGUCGCAUCGAGGACUGCGCCGUCUUCGAUCUCCAGGAUGAGGCCACGGCCAAGCAGUGUGAGAUGAAGAUUCCCGACCUCGUCGCCAAGGACAAUGUCACCGGUCCCGAUGCUCAGCUUCCCGGAAACUGCCCCAUCACCUACGCUGACGGCUCAUCUGAGGGCGGCGAUACUGACCCUGUCAGCUCCACCUCGAGCGUUGCGGUUCCCACCAUUCCCACUCUCACCUACAAGCCUGGCAAGACCGCUACCUCCAACCCUCUCCCUGGUGAAGUGUUCAAGGAGACUGGCAAGAUUCCCUACGGCUCGUCUAGCUCUGUCUCCGAGACGGCCGCUGCUGAGGCUGUGGCCACCUCUACGCCUGAGCCUACUCCCACUCCCGAGGCCACUCCCACCCCGGUCUUUGAGCCCAUCACCACUUCUACUCCGGCCAGCUCCUCUGCCCCGGGUAUGUCUUGCGUGUCUACUCAGACGAUCACUGCCGUCAACACGGUUUCCAUCAUCUGCUGGGAGGAGGACAUUGUCUAUGUCACCGAGUACGAGGAUAUCACGGCCACGCUGACUGUGACUCCCACUCCGUCGGCUUCGGCGCCCGCCAUGCGCGCCAAGCGUCACCUUCACCAGCACCGUCAUCACCACGUCUAG